UUUUAUAGAACAUUUUUUCAUAAAAUUAAAUGAAGUAGUAUAAUUUAUUAUUUGAUUUAAAUUUAAUUUUGUGUACAUUUUAGUUAUAAUUUCUAGUAACGAUCUAUAAUGAUUAAAGGGCCACGUAACUAAUGUUAUCUAUGCGUCGCGUAAGAGUAAAAGAAAGUUGGAUAGUUCCGUAGUAGGUCAAUGGUACAUCAUCGCGUGCAAGUAGCGUUAAGGACUGACGUCGACAUCAGGCGAUUGAGACGAGGGCCUAAGUCUGGUUUAAGACGCGGCCGGCGACAGUUGUUCUGUCGCAUCACUUAUUAUAUUUUUCCGCCUCUAUAACGUGUUCACCGUGACCGUGAAAGUUAUAAUCGUGUCAUAUUACCGUAAUCAUGGGUGGUAAAGUCGAAAAUGUUGGCAUUCUUGCUAUGGAAAUAUAUUUUCCUUCACAAUAUGUUGAUCAAGUGGAAUUAGAAAAAUUCGAUGAAGUAGCUGCUGGUAAAUACACUAUCGGUCUUGGACAGAGUCGGAUGGGCUUCUGUUCUGACAGAGAGGAUAUAAAUUCUCUUUGCCUCACUGCUUUACACAGGCUUAUAGAGAAAAACAAUAUAAAUCUUCAUGAUAUUGGACGCUUGGAGGUAGGUACAGAAACAAUUAUAGAUAAAAGUAAAAGUGUCAAAACAUUCCUCAUGACAUUGUUUGCAAAAGAAGGUGCUACAGAUAUUGAAGGAAUUGAUAACACAAAUGCUUGCUAUGGAGGUACAGCAGCUCUUUUUAAUGCUAUUAAUUGGGUAGAGUCUUCGUCAUGGGAUGGCAGAAAAGCAAUUGUGGUAGCAGGUGAUAUUGCAGUGUAUGGAAAAGGCCCAGCAAGGCCUACUGGAGGGGCAGGAGCUGUGGCCAUGCUGAUUGGACCUGAUGCACCAUUGGUUUUCGAUUGUGGUGUCCGUGCAUCAUAUAUGACACAUGCAUAUGAUUUCUAUAAGCCUGACUUAGCAUCUGAGUUUCCCUAUGUUGAUGGAAAAUUAUCAAUCCAGUGCUACCUGAGUGCUUUAGAUAAUUGUUACAAUCUAUUCUGUCAGAAAAUGAGGAAAGUGGACCCUAAUUUCAAAGGUCUGUUGAGUUUAGAUGGUAUGUUAUUCCAUUCUCCAUACUGUAAGCUUGUUCAAAAAUCACUAGCUCGAGUUAGCUUCAAUGAUUUUCUUAAUGCAACAGAUGAAGAAAGAGAAAAACAGUUCCCUGGGCUUUCACAGUUUAGUUCAUAUAAAAGGGCAAAUACUUAUUUUGAUAAGGAUGUAGAGAAAGCAUUCAUGACAUACAGUAAAGAACUUUUUGAAGAAAAAACCAAGCCAUCGCUUCAUAUUGCUCGAAAUGUUGGAAAUAUGUAUACACCAUCAUUGUAUGGAGGACUUGUAUCCUACUUAGUGAGCAAAUCACCGGACCAGCUUAUAGGAAAGAAAUUUGCUUUAUUUUCUUAUGGUUCCGGCUUAGCUUCAACUAUGUAUUCCAUUAAUAUUUGCAAUGAUAUGAGUGUUGGUUCAAAAUUAGAAAAAAUACUUAAUUCUUUACAUGAAAAUGUUGCAAUGUUAGAUGCAAGGCAGAGUGUAGAACCACAAAAGUUCUCUGAUAUAAUGCAAGUAAGGACGGAGAAUUAUCACACAGCACCUUAUGAACCAUCAGGGUCAAUAGAUGUGCUAUUUCCUGGUACAUAUUAUCUAAACAAAAUAGACGACCAAAGACGACGCACAUAUGAUAGGAAGAUAUGAGGCAUUUAUUUAUCAUAAUAUCUAGUUUAUUUUUGUGCUGGUGUAGGACUUAAUCAAUAGUUAUGAUUUAAAUUAUUUGUCUAUACUUAUGUUAGCAUAGCACUUUGUAGUUUUACUUAUAUUUCUAGGUAUAUCAAUUAAAUUUUUUUUAGUUUGACUGGGGUUAACAGUUAUAAAGAAUGUAGUAAUUUUUAAAUUACACUUGUUUAAGUGCAGCAAGCAACAUUGUAAAACAUUGUUAAUAUGUCAGUGAUAAUAUGUAUUAAAAAAUGUAAUCAAUAAAGGUGGUGCAAUAUGUUUGAUGUAACAGAAAACAUUUUUAUAUUAUAUUCAAUUAUAGUAGUUGAAUUUUAAUUCUUAAUUUUGAGAAAAUUUAUAUUUAUUGCAGCUAUUUUGAAAUUCAAUUUCAGUAGCAAACUUGAGAAUCAAUUUAAUAUAUUUAUCUGUUUAAAUGUAUGUCUUGUACUUAUACUCUUUGAUAAAGGGGUAAUAAAGUGGUGUGUUAAUUGAA